AUGUCCAGCACCCUUCUGCAGCCUGCACCUCCUUCUCGCUCUGUACUCGAGGCUUUCAUAAACCGGCAUCAGUAUCUACUGGAGCUGGAACGUAAAGCAGAAGAAGAGCAGACCAGAUUACUGAAUUCGAAAUGUUCACCGAAGCUCCUUGAACAAAGGGGUUUAGCAUUAGGCGGAUUAGGCGUUAGUGUUAUAUCAGUGGGUUUAGGUGGAAAGAGUCUGAUAGAGUUACAUCGUCCAUCAGCAUAUCAUGUCUCACCUCUUCUCCCACCUCAUACAUUUCGAAAUGGCGAUCCUGUCCGUAUCGAGGCUCAUACAACAUCUGCACCUGCAAAAGGGAAAGCGAAGAAGAAAGAAGGAGAAGACCACAAUGUAGUAGAAGGGGUCGUAUAUCGAGUUUCUCAAGAAAAAGUCGUUGUAGCAGUGGAUGAGAAGAAAGAAAUCGAUUUACCAGAAAGGUUAAGAUUACUGAAAUUAGCAAACUCCGUAACAUUUGAUCGGAUGGAUAAAACCCUUCUUCAUCUAAAACGAUUGAUUUUACCAGAUGACGGAGCUCCUUCACCUCAUGCACAAAACUUUCCUCUGAUCAACUCCUUGCUGGGCAUCCAGAUACCUUCAUGGGCGAAAGCGGUCCCAACGUCUACAAACCCUGAAGAUGCGGGUGACGACUUAAAGUGGUAUGAUGAGAAAUUGAACGACUCCCAAAAAGAAGCUAUUAGGUUUAGCUUGAAAGCUGAGAAUGUUGGAUGUAUACAUGGUCCUCCAGGAACAGGUAAAACCCAUACUUUGAUAGAAUUGAUAUUCCAAAUCCUUUCUCGACCAGUAUCAUCUACCACCUCCUUACCACCUCGGAUACUAGUGACCACACCAUCUAACUUGGCCUUGGAUAAUUUGUUACUUCGUCUUCACUUUUUGUCGCAAUUACCUCCAUACUCAUCUGUCCUUCCUCCAGGAUCAAUACUUCGUCUAGGUCAUCCCACAAGGGUUCAUAAAGAUUUAGUCAGAGAAACGCUAGAUUACAGAGCUGCAAAUGGUGAAGAAGGAGAAUUACUCAAAGACGUGGGGAGCGAACUACAGGGUCACCUAGGCGAUCUGGGUAAGAAAAGAGGUGAAAAAGGUGCUGUGAAAGGUAAAGAAAGGGGCAAGAAAUGGGAGGAAAUCAGGGAACUACGUAAAGAAUAUCGCCAGAGAGAAGGCAAAGUGGUCACAUCUGUUCUUGCACGUGCUCAAGUAGUACUGGCAACUUGUCAUAGUGCUGGAUCCAGGCAACUCAAUAACAUGAUAUUUGACGUGGCGAUCGUUGAUGAGGCCACACAAGCUAUUGAAGCAGUCUGCUGGGUACCUAUACUGAAAGCCAAGAAACUGAUUUUGGCAGGUGAUCCUCAACAGCUUCCUCCUACUAUUAUGAGCAAAGACGACAAAGCAUCAAAACCCAUUGAAGAUCUAUCAGAAGAGCUCAGCGGAAUCAACCUAAAAUCACGUUCGGCUUUGAGACCACCAAAGACCCUUGAAACAACCCUUUUCGAAAGGCUAGAACAUCUCUAUGGAGAUGGCAUCAAAAGAGUGCUUCAAGUUCAAUAUCGAAUGAACACUCAUAUCGCUUCCUUCCCUUCUGAUACGUUAUAUAACUCUGCCCUCAUAUCCGACUCAUCAGUGUCAAAGCGUACAUUACUUGCCCUCCCUUCAAUCACCGACAGUACUACAGAAGAGGCAAAAGAUGCUCUUGAACCUACUGUUAUCCUCUUCGAUACUUCCGGAUGCGAAUUCUAUGAGCGGACAGAAGGAGAUGGUGAAUCGGGUAAAGGAAGUAUCGGAGAAGGAAGUAAAAGUAACGAGAACGAGGCUGUAGUAGUAUCAAGAUGGGCUAGGAAAUUGAUUGACUUGGGAGUGAAUCCGGCAGAAAUAGGAGUUGUCACACCUUAUCAGGCUCAAGUUUCACUCAUAUCGAGUAUGCUCCACGAGGAUUACCCUGAAAUGACAAUCGGUAGCGUUGAUGGAUUGCAAGGACAGGAGCGAGAGGCAAUAAUACUAUCACUCGUCAGGUCAAAUCCCACAGGAGAAGUUGGGUUUUUGGGCGAAUAUAGAAGAUUGAAUGUAGCUAUGACUAGAGCGAAAAGACAACUGUGCGUUGUAGGGGACUCAUCAACAGUAGGGAAAGGUAGCAAAUACCUGAAGAAAUGGAUGGAUUGGUUAGAGAGUGAAGCAGAUGUCAGGUGGGCAGGUGAUGAGUCAGUGUGA